GGUUAGCGGAGGUCAGCGGAGGUGGGCGGAGGUGGGCGGAGGUGAACGGAGGUGGGAGGACGUGAAAGGAAGUCGGACGACAUGGUCGAAGGUGAGCGGAGGUGGGCGGAGGUGAGUGAAGGUCGGAGGUACGAAGGGCUGAGCGCGUCGGGAUCGGCAUCAGGGAACGGAGGAUGUCGGCGGAAGUGGAAGCGGAGGCGGGGCCGGGGGGGGGGGGGGGGGGGGGGGGGGGGAAGUGGAAGCGGGGGGCGAAGAGGGGGGGAAGUGAAAGUGUAGGCGGUCGAACGUCAGCGCCGAUGCGCGGAUUAGGAUCCGGAUCCGGAUCGGGAUCGGGAUCGGGAUCGGGAUCGGGAUCGGGAUCGAGAUCGGGAUCAGGAUCUGGAUCGAGAUCGGCAUCGAGAUCGGGAUCAGAAAACGAAAGCAAAGGCGGGCGGAGUUCGGCCGCGAUGAGCAGAGAUUGGCGAACUCAGGCCGAGGUGGGCGGAGGUGAGUGGAGGUGGGCCGACGAAGGGGGAGACCGAGGAAACGGAGGUGGAAGCGGAAGCGGGCGAAAAGCGGCAGCGAGGCGGGACCCAGACAGGCCGAAGAAGAAGAAGAAGAAGGAGAAGAAGAAGGAGGAGAAGAAGGAGAAGAAGAAGAUGAAGGUGAAGAAGAAGGAGGAGAAGAAGGAGAAGAAGAAGAUGAAGGUCAAGAAGAAGGCGAAGAAGAAGGAGAAGAAGAAGAAGGAGAAGGAGAAGAAGGAGAAGGAGGAGAAGAAGAAGGAAAAGAAGAAGAAGANGAAGAGGGAGGGGGGGGGGGGAUAGCCCACAUCGUGACACGGCAGCAUGGCUGCUCCGCGAAGAUGCGGAAGAAAAAUACUAAUAAAAAAAAAGGCCGAGGAAAAAAAAAACACGUGCCGAUCUUCUCACGUGCCACAAUCUUGCCACGUGGGAAGCGAGGGGAAGCGGAGGUCGACGGAGUCGAGCGGAGGUAGGUGGACCCGCGGAGGUGGGGGGAGGUCAGCGGAGCGGAUGCAAAGUUUUUUUUUUUUUGUCGGAAACAGAACGAAUAAUAAAAAGAAAAAAAACAAAAAAAUAAAAAUUAACAAAAAAUUAAGAAAACG